AUGACGACUAUUCUGCCGUCUUUGCCACUUGCGCCCUCUACAGCCGGUAGCGUCGAUGACAAGGAGAAGGCAAGCCUUCGUGCUCCGUCCGUCAAGGACAUUCCGCCUCUCGGAGAGCCAUUAGACGACGGAUCAGACAGGUUGUUCCAAACCAUCAAUAAUCGUCCGCUCGAUGCGAUUGCUACGCAGCCUUCGGUCUUCGAUGAUCCAUUGACUCUGGAGGUCUAUCGUCCUCCGCCACAAUAUGAGAAUGCCCACCGCUUCGAUCCUUUAGCUCGAUGGACCUGGCGUGAGGAGAAGGCUCUUGUCCGGAAAAUCGAUUGGAGAAUCAUGGUUUGGGCGUUCCUUAUGUUUGCCUCCUUGGACUUGGACCGGUCCAAUAUCUCGCAAGCCAACAGCGACAACCUCCUGGGAGACUUGGGCAUGACCACCAACGACUACAAUCUGGGCUUCAUGUUGUUCCGACUUGGAUUUUUCUGCGCAGAACUCCCGUCGCAAUUGGUCUCCAAAAGGAUUGGUCCAGAUGUUUGGAUUCCUUCACAGAUGGUCUUGUGGAGUAUUGUCUCCUUCAGUCAAUUUUGGAUCACUGGAAAGGCCUCUUUCUUCGCUACGAGUGCAAUCAGAGUUCUUCUAGGAUUCCUCCAAGGUGGAUUCAUUCCUGACGUUGUCUUGUACCUCUCCUACUUUUACACCAAGAGGGAACUUCCCAUUCGUCUUGCCUUCUUCUGGGUGUCCAACUACCUUGCCGAGAUCGUAGGCGCCUUCAUGGCUGCCGGCAUCUUGCAAUUGCGCGGUGUGGGUGGGAGAUCUGGGUGGAGGUACCUAUUCUUGAUCGAAGGGCUUAUCACUUUCCUCGUCGGCCUGGUCUCGUUCUUCAUGAUGCCUCCCGGUCCAACUCAGACCAAAGCGUGGUAUAGACCCAACGGUUGGUUUACUGAGCGGGAAGAGAUCAUUGUAGUCAAUAGGGUUCUGCGAGAUGAUCCUACCAAGUCGGAUAUGCACAAUCGUCAAGGACUGUCCCCCAAAAUGAUCUUUGUAGCCCUGAGCGACUGGCAAUUAUGGCCUCUGUAUCUCCUUGGAUUGACGUUCUUCAUCCCUACCGGUCCUCCCCAACAAUACAUGACCCUCACCCUCAAAAACCUCGGCUUCACGACCAUCCAAACCAACCUCCUCACUAUCCCUGCCAGCGUCCUCGGUGUCAUCGGACUCGUCACUGCCGCCUACGUCAGCGAAAAAAUCAACAGCCGUGUCAUCCCCACCGUAUUCUUGCAAUUCUGGCAAUUACCCCUACUCAUCGCACUGGAAAGCUUCACGUCCAAGACGUCAAAUUGGGUCUACUACGCUGUCGUAUUCCUUGCGGUUGGAUAUCCAUAUGUGCAUCCGGUACAAGUGGCUUGGGUGUCGAGGAAUUCGUAUAGCGUGAGGACAAGGACAGUAUCAGCAUCAGCCUAUAAUAUGAUGGUGCAAGCUGGUUCUAUCGUCUAUUCCAAUAUCUAUCGAGCCAACGACAAACCUCUAUACAAACAUGGAAACCUCGCAUUGAUCAUCGUCUGUGUGUUCAACAUCUGCUUCUACGCCUUCACCUUCUUCUUCUACCGGGGCAUCAACCGGAGAAGAGACGCUAUCUGGGCUUCCAUGACAGCAGAGGAGCAAGCAGACUACCUCGAGAAUACGAAGGACGAAGGGAACAGACGUUUAGAUUUCCGGUUUGCAUACUAG